AUGGCUAAACCAAAGAUCACCACUUCUUCAGUCUCUGCUCUGUUCCUCUGUUUCUGGGUCCUCUGUUUUGUGUCUGCUGAAUGCUCUAGAUACGAACAAGAAGAAUUAUCCUUGCUCGACGAAAACGAUGAUGAAGUUAACAUGGUUCAGAGCAGGCAUUCUUCAUUGAGGAAAUGCGAUUUGACUUCUGGCAAAUGGGUUUACGACCAGACUUAUCCGCUCUAUGAUUCCAGUUGUCCGUACCUUAGCAAUGCAGUGGCAUGCCAAAAGAAUGGCCGCCCUGAUUCUGACUAUGAAAAAUGGAGGUGGAAACCAGAUGGUUGUACUAUUCCAAGGUUUGAUGCAUUGGAGUUUCUGGGAAGGAUGAGAAGGAAGAGAAUAAUGCUGGUGGGUGAUUCCAUCAUGAGGAAUCAAUGGGAGUCUCUUGUUUGUUUAGUCCAAUCUGUCAUUCCUGCUGCCAGGAAAACAGUCACUUACCAUGGUCCUACAAUGGCUUUCCAAGCUUUGGAUUUUGAGACAUCGAUCGAGUUCAAUUGGGCACCAUUUCUGGUGGAACUAAAGCAAGGGCCAGAAAGCAAGAGAUUGUUGCAUUUAGAUUUGAUAGAAGACAACGCAAAAUACUGGAGAGGAGUUGAUGUUCUGGUUUUUGAUUCAGCUCACUGGUGGACUCAUUCAGAUAAAUGGAGCUCGUGGGACUACAUUAUGGAGGGAAGCAGUGUUUACACAACUAUGAAUCCAAUGGUUGCGUACCAGAAAGCUCUAACUACUUGGGCUAAAUGGAUCGACUUAAACAUCGAUCCACGACGAACCCGAGUGUUUUUCAGGAGCAUGUCUCCAAGGCAUAACAGGGAAAAUGGAUGGAAAUGCUAUAACCAAAAAGAUCCUCUGCGUUACUUCAGUCGGCCGCACGUUCCUCAGCAACUAGUUGUUUUAAGAGGGGUUCUGAAAAAGAUGAGCUAUCCAGUGUAUUUGCAGGACAUUACGACGUUGUCGGCGCUUCGAAAAGACGGUCAUCCAUCCGUCUAUGGAAAAACCAUUGGCCAAGACCAGAAACAGCAUGUUAUAAAGGGGUAUACCUCUGACUGUAGCCAUUGGUGCCUCCCUGGAGUUCCUGAUACUUGGAAUGAAAUGUUAAAUGUUGUACUUUGA